CCGCCCCCGGCCCCGCCGCCUCCAUCCGUCCCCCCCGGCCGCCUUCCCGGCGCGGCGAUGUGGCGGUAUGUCAGCGGCCGGCAGCUGGAUGGCUUCCGCCAGUACAAGUACAGUGCUGUGGAUACAAAUCCUUUAUCUGUAUAUAUUAUGCAGCCCAUCUGGAACAAAAUUAUUAAGAUAGUGCCUUUGUGGAUUGCUCCCAACCUGUUAACAUUCUCUGGAUUUGUCAUGAUUUUAGUUAAUUAUUUUCUAAUAUCUUUUUAUGACUGGGACUACACUGCCUCAGGUACCAGUCCUGGACUUGUUCCCACCUGGGUGUGGCUGUUCAGUGCUUUUACCACCUUUUGUGCUUAUGCUUUAGACUCUAUAGAUGGGAAACAUGCUCGAAGGACUCAGUCCAGUACUCCUCUAGGAGAAUUAUUUGACCAUGGGCUGGAUAGCUGGGCUACCUCCAUUUUUGUGCUUUCUUUUUUUUCUGUCUGUUCCCGUGACAAUGGGAAGACUGGAGUUUCUGUAUAUACAAUGUAUAUAUAUUUAAGCAUUGUCUUGUUUAACUUUAUGUGUUCACACUGGGAGAAAUAUAACACAGGAGUUCUUUUUCUUCCUUGGGGAUAUGAUAUAAGCCAAGUGGUAUUAAUAGCAGCAUAUCUGCUGACUGGUGGUGUUGGUGUGGAAGUCUGGCAGAAACCUCUCCUGUUUGGUUAUUACAUUACAGACGCAUUAGUAAUCUUGCUUAUAGGUUUCAGUUUAUUUCUUUCAUUUCCACAAACACUAUACAACAUUCACAGAGCACGUUUAAAGAAAACACUGAAGAACGAUUCUUUGUAUGAAGGACUCCUACCUCUUGUGUCACCUCUGUUGCUGUUCAUUCUUCUCACAGUCUGGGUGGUUUUAUCUCCAGGCAACAUAUUAGCAAAGCAACCGAGACUGUUUUUAUGGAUGGUUGGGGUUGCUUUCUCAAACGUUAUUUGCAAAGUGAUCAUCUGCCAGAUGAGCAGCACCCGGCCGGAGCUUUUCCACUGGUUCCUCUUCCCGCUGGCGCUGGUGGUCUGUGCAGCCAUCUCCGGGCUGCUGGGCUGGAUGGAAGAAGUGGUGCUCGCCAUGUUCACCGUGCUGGUCACGGCUGCCCACGUGCACUACGGUGUCUGUGUGGGGAGGCAGCUGAGUGAGCACUUGAACAUUUACAUCUUUUCCUUGAAGAAACGUGUCCACGAGUGAACACCUGUGCUAUGAUCAGACUGUAACACUUGAUGUGGAGAUUCACAGCUCUUCUGAUGUGAUAAAUAGUUGGAAUUAAUCUGAUUAAAAUAACCAAAGAAUAGAAUAAUCCAGAUAUCUGAACCACUGCAACCAUGAGCUAUGCAGCAAGAUGCUUCAUCUCAGAGGAAGAUUCCUGUCCAGCAGAGAAGCGUUUACCAGGUUGUUCUGCUGCUAAUAUGUAUUCUCUUCACUAAUGCCAUGUUGUCUUCCUCCUCCUUGCCACUGUGUCCAAAGUCCUGGAUAAACCCAUGCUGGGUUACAUGAGAUCUUUGAUGGUUUAUAACCAGCGCUGGUUUUGCCCAGCCUAGUCACCAGUGGGAACCCAGCAAUACAAGCCCUCCCUGUAUGUCCUUCCCACUCAGUCAGCACUGCCUGGUUCAUUUUCCUUAUUUAUUUUCUCACAACUCAUUUCUUCCAUACAGCCUCCUGAAGGGCUUAUGCCUAUUCAGUCUUUUCCUCUCCUCAAAUGAUUGUGUGAAGAGAAAGAGCUCAGAAAGCUAUGGAUACAGUAAAGUGUUUUUGAAACAUGAUUUUUUUCCCCCCAGCAUCAAGAUGAGUCUAGGCUGACCUGUAUCUGUCAGAAAUGCAGGCUCUGUACAGCAGCAACUGGCCUUUAGACUUAUUUUCUAGGCAGCAAUAAGCGCACUGUUGAUAUUUCAGUAGCAACAAGCAAUAUACCCUACAAAGGUAACCAGCUGAGAGUAAAUUUAGCCAACAAACCUUUGAAGAUUCUCAUAUUUCACUGCAAAACUAGUCAAACAUCACCUGAGUGCAAAAUGCUAAGCAAAUCAUCAUUUGCCUGUGUGCUCAAAACAAAUUCUUGUGGUUUUAGAUAAUGACAAAAAAACCAGACAGACAAGAAGAGCUUUUUUUAAACAUUACACAUUUGCAUGCAGAUGUAAACUGCUCACUUCAUCUACAUGUAGGUUUUGUGUGUGCUUUGGAGGAAGGAGUAAGAAUUUGAGUUUCAUCUCUUUUCAUAUGCUGCCUUAGCCAGAGGGACUUUGUGGCCUUGAAGCGCUAAUGAAACAAUCUGUCCGCUUUCCCCAAGGUAAGCAUUAGAUUACAUUUCUUGCACAGAGAGAUGUGAUUGAUGGACUGCCGUGUUUAUUAAGUAGUUAUAUCUUGCUUGCCAGAAGCAGGGCAGAAGCGUAGUUGGGCUGCUGAGCCUUAAGUUCACUUUCUUCAGUUCUUAAACCAUUUCUCUGGCCUUAUCGCUAGCCUGAUCAUUUCCCCCCCGGUUAACAUACCCUUACAUCAGUAGCUCCUAUUAAUAUUUCCAGCUGAGAACUGACUAGUCAUAUCUUUGUGAAUAGCUUCAGUUUAAGUUUGUACCACCCGCUACAGUAGUUGGCCUACCUCAGCGUCCGUAGGGCUGAUUUCCCCUGGCAGCUCUUGCCACGAGUACCAAGGGACAAGCCUGCACAUCAGCUUCCCCUCUUCGCAAAGCAGAAAAGCCACGCUGGCUUGUAAAGUUUCUUAGGGUUUGAAAGUACGCACAUUCCACCUACCAAAUGAGCAUGUUGAGGUCCCACCCCACAGAUGAACACCAUGCUACAGGCACAGUUCAAGCAGCUGAAGGUUCAGGUUAGGCAGAGGACACAAGGUCACCCCUGUUAAUGCUGGUUUGGAGAUUUUGCCAAGAGCCCUGCAGGGAAGGGAGGCUCACGCGCCCUCCAGCACCGGUCCAGGGCAGCAGCUGGAACCAGAGGCUCUUCCAGCCUUCCCUCCCCACUGGUGCGGUGGAGCGUGCCCCUGCCCUGCCUGAGCCCAGGGAGCCUUGGGUCUCCACAGAGGCACUCCCUAACUGCCUGAGGACUCUCAUCGAGUAAGGCUGACAGCUGUUUUUUUAAUAAGGGUUGCUAAAAAGCCUGUUCUGACUGUGUUUGAAGGGGAACGACGAGUUUGAUGUAGGCAUGCACACAGCAAUCUCACUGAUGAAGUUAAAUACUACAUCUGAGACCAGGUACGCUGCUGCAAAAGUCUCACGUAUUUCAGUUUAUAUUUAACCCAUCCAUGAAAAGUAUUUAGAGGAAGUCCAAACAAGAAGAGAAUAAUAAAUUAAACAAAAAUACCUCUGGAUUGAAUGUGGUUGUACUGGAGGAACCCUGUGGACAGGCUUCCCUUUUCCCUCUGUCUUGCACUUAUUUAUGAAACAGUUGGAAAUAAGGGUCACAGAAGCGGCACAAUUUGGUGCACUGUAAUGGAGUAUUUUGAAAUAUUUCAUUAAAUGAAAUUAUAAAACUUGAGCUGCCACAACCUGCCUGCACUUGUACCUUUCUGAAGAGAAUUACGAUAUCACUGUUAAAGGAAACUGAAGCUCUGGCCAGCUUUUUCACAUUCUAUAUGAAGACAUGGCAAGUAACUUUCUUUUUCCUUUUUGAAGCAGCUUCUCACUACAAUCUCUCUAAAGACAAGUAUAAAAACAGAUCGUGUAUUGCACAGUGUAUAUAUUGAAUUGUUAGUCAUCAUAGAUGGCAACUGGUUCAAUGAACGGGAAUAAAGAUGCUUUCUUCAUAA